AUGGCCAUCUCCUUGGCCAUCAAGAACAAGUUCCGCGGCGCCGUGAAGGAGCUGCUCAUGGGCGGCGCCUCAGUGCCCACAAAUGCGGAGAUGCCGGGCCUGGCGGCCGUGGUCAUGGAGGCACAACUGGAGCAGUGUGCCAACGAGAUCCGACCCCUGGCAGACACUGAGGUAGACCCGGCAGAGCUCGUGGAAGCCGAGAAGGUGGUGCUGGAGGGAAUGAAGGAGCACCAGCGCCUCAUCAAGCUGUCAGAGGACAGCCGGGCCAGCAAGGUGUUGGUGGACCUCGAGGCGCGCAUCGUGGAGGCCCAGGCGAAGGUAGAGGAGACCCAGCAGGGCACCGCUGAGCUUCUGGACGAGCUGAGACUUGGCAUGCAGACUGGGCUCUGA